UACACGGCAUUGCCGGCACAGAUAAAAUACAAUCACAGACUAUAAAUUACCCUUUUUUUAGGCAUCACAAACAACAAACGACUGAUUUUUUUUAUCUUGUAGGUUGACUUGGUUAUUCCAGUGACAUUGACAACUUGACAGGUCAAGUGUCAUCAAGUCUAUCACCAAUUCACCAUCACCAUGGCAACGAAUUGUAACAAACUAUUUAUUUUUAGAUCUAAGUAAGAUCUUUAAAAGUACUUAGAGUACAAACCAACUUCAAAAAUAAAAUACAUUACUAUUACCAUAGAAUAUAUCAGUACUUAAAUAAAUAUAUUUACCAUGAUAUGUUUCUUAAUACUUCUCUAAUUAAUUAAUACGUUUGCUGCGCUUCUACAAUGACUUUGUAUAUCGAUACAAAACUUAGUUUUAAUGAUGGUAAUGUAGUAUCUACAGUGGGAACGUGGCACCCUUCUCUGCCUCUUUUAGCUAUAGGUUCAUAUAAUCAAGAGAAAGGAGGUUUUGUUACUAUAUUUCAAGAAAAUGGUUUACCAUUAGAAGGAUGUGACUGGCCAAUAUUAUUGUCCAACCAAGUUACUGCACUUGCAUGGCACCCUAUAAGACGUCUCUUAGUUGUUGGUUGGGAUGGGGGAGAGCUCUAUAUCUGGUUAGAAUAUUCAUGGGCUCGCCUAGAGGCUCCCCAUAAUGCUGCUUUGACAUCAGUAGCCUUUAGUUUAGGAGGUGGUAGGCUCUUGGCUUCAGAUGCUGCAGGUUCCUUAUCAGGGUGGCAAUCUGGUGCAGGAGCACCACUUACAUCUUUUCACCACCAACUUGGAGAUGUUAUCACUCAUAUAACAUUCUGUACACCACAGCCAAGCUCUGAAACAUCCAUCAGAGGAUUAGCUCGUGCUGCCGUAGCUGGAGAUGAGAAUGCUUUGGAUGCACUGGCUGCAUGGAGGCCUAGAACAACUGCCCGGAUGAGAGAAGGUUCGCAACCAGACAACCAUUCAUGUUAUGCUGCUCAAGAUAAUGGAGUAAUACUCUUCAUAGACCAUAAUGGAGCAUGUUCAGAGGUGUUGAAUGCCCCUGGAAACAUCAUAUUUAUGGGAAUAAUAAGCAAUAUCUACCUUCUGGUAGCUUGGGAAUCUGGUGGAGCUCUUAGUUUAACCAGAUUUGUUAUGUCUGAUGAUGGUUCCCUGAUGACAGACACCCAUGUAAGAAUGGCAGCAAGAAAUGGCCAAUGUAUAGUUCUUGCAGGCAACUUCUAUGUUGCAGUCAUUACUGGAGAUAAUUUGAUUAGGGUUUGGGACAGUGAUACUGGGGACAAUGAUGUCUUGCCAAAUGAGAAGGAGGAGAUUGUUGCAGGAGACAUCUUCACAAGUAUCAGUUACAGCAAUUUAAGUGAUACUCUCUGUUGUGGGACUUCACAGGGAAACCUUUAUCUAUGGAGACGAGACCAUAGAAAUAAUUGGAAACUUAUUAGUAGUACUUCUGUCAAAGGCACUGUUAAAGAAGUUAGCUGGGGUUCAGAAGGGUUAAUGAAUCCAUUGCUUCAUGUGAACUGUAUAACAAGUGCAUUUGUGCUCCGUGAGCAACCAGUCUGUUGGGGAUAUUCCCCAAGCAUACACAUGGUACAAAAAUCAGCAAAUGAAAUUGCUCUAACUGGUAAAAGCAAUGUGACAUCUAUGAUCAACACAUCAAUUACAAUAAGAGCAUUUGCUUUUAAAGACCAGUAUAUUGCUCUAGGUGAUGGUAAAGAGGUUCAGAUUUGGAUGUGCAAUAAAGACAAUGACAUAAAAUUUUCACUUAUCAGAAGUUUCUUGUGGAAGACUGAUGUUCUAAUAAUCUAUAAUGAUGUCCUGGUUGGAGUUGUUAAUCCACACAUAGAGUGCUAUUCUAUAGCAGGGACCAGCCUUGGAAUACUUCCCAGUACUGAAGGCGAAGGCGAGCCUAUUGGCGUAACUAAUACGAGCAAAUUUAUCGUCAUUGCCACUAUGGACGGAACUCUGAAACUGGCCGAGAUCACAAAAAAAGGCCUAAGAAUGCCCUACCCUCCAAAAAAUUGCUAUCAAAUGAUUGAAGACUUUGGUGAAGUCAUGAGAGCAUCAGUGAAUUGCACAGGGCGAUAUAUAUCGCUCAGCAUCGCUAAUGCUGGCUUAGCACCAGAUCCUAGACUAUAUCUGUGGGAUGUAGCGAAUGAUGUUAUCACGCACACACUUAUAGCUGAAAACUCGACCCCUCCAUACCAAAGUGUCCCUAUAGCAAUAUUAUGGGAUAGUAAUGACCCAAGGAUUGUUGCUGUGCAUAUGAGGUCAGCUGAUCUUGAUCGGAUACAUCUAUUUUUGUGUCACGAGGGCAGUCUACACGAAUAUAGAAAUUGGUGUUUAAGCUCUGAAGAUUACUAUAUGAGUGACUUCAUGCUAUGCUCUUUAUACACACCAUAUGUCGUGAUUUUAUCACAGCAGAACAUAAAAAAAAUAUUGAUCAAUGAGUUUGCAGACAUAGGUGAACAUGACCCUGCAAAUAUUCGACAAGUAUUGGAUUUUCUGUACUAUAUGACUACUGGUUAUUUAGAAAAAGCAGUUGUCGUAGGAACUACUCUGACGGGAGGCAAAAAUUCAAUUAUUUGGGAUAGCUUGGCAAAGGUCUGCGUCGCGCGUAAAAGACCCGAUGUCGGUGCUGUAUGCUUAGGCAAAAUGGGCAACAUCAAAGGCGCUUUGAUGAUGCGAAAAGUGAUGAGCGACGAUAACAUGGACGAUACAUGUAAAGUUGCAGUACUAGCUGUUAACCUGGGUAUGAUUGAAGAAGCUGAAGAACUUUUUAAAGAGGCACAAAGACCAGAUUUAAUUACACGGUUGAUAUCAGCAAAGGAAGGUGGUUUGAACGAAAUAACCAAUGGAACGCAUGAAGGUGAAAAUAUUCUCCUGAUAAAGAGUGCUCAACACAAGCUGGCUAAAGUGCUCUGGUCAAACGGGGAAACUGGUGCUGCUUUAAAAUUAUUCGAAAGUGCUGGGACGUUAGUACCGCACGUCCCCAGGAUGCUUGUAGCUCAAGGACAAUCUGCUAUACUAGCACAGUAUGUAGCUAAUUCGAAUGAUGCCAGCCUUAUAACUUGGUGGGGACAUUAUUUAGAGAGCAUUGGUGAUUUGGAUGGUGCUUUAGAAGCCUACGCUCGAGCUAAUGAUUUUGGAGAGCAAACCAGACUUCUUUGUCAUCAGGAUAGAAUAGAUGAAGCUGAAAAGCUUUGCCAGAAGAACAGAUCCUCGCUUUAUCAAAUGGCUCGAUACUUGGAAAUGCAGCCUGAUAAAACUGAAAGUGCAGUAAAGAUGUAUAUAAAAUGUGGGGCAGUUUCUUCGGCCAUUCGAGUUGCUGCGGAGGCAAGUGCGUGGAACCUUGUUUGGCGCGCUGGGUCCUCCUCACCCACUCACGCUCUGCACGCAGCUUCCAUACUCGAGAAUGCUGGACAGACAGAGCAAGCCAUUGCUUUGUAUCAUAAAGCAGGUAAAGUUCACAUGGCGUUAAAGUUAGCAGUGAACAGCGGUGACACUAACGCAAUGAUCGCAGCAGUAGACGCUCUUGGCGAUAAAGUGGAUCCAGAGUUAGCUAAUACGUUGGCUGCACACUUGAGACAAGCAAAUCAGCACUCACACGCUGCGGCAUUGCUAGCAACCGCCGGAAAGUACGAAGAAGCUUUAGAUAUAGUAGAACAGAUUCCAACACCUCUAACUGAAGAGCUGAGUGAGAGGUUAGCAGCACCGGCGGGUACCACAGGCAGGGAUGCACUCCUCAGGAGACUGGCUGAUGUUUUAGGAGCCCGUGGUCUUUACCAUCAAGCUGCUAAACGAUUGGCUCAUGCUGGAGACAAGGCUGGAGCAAUGCGAUGGCUGAUGCGUUCAGGAGAUGCGGAUCGCAUUGCAACCUUCGCAGCAGCUACUCGUGACCGUAACGCUCAAUUGAUGGCAGCCGACUACUUGCGUCGCCGCGCGGACUGGCGCACUAGACCUGAUCUCAUGAGGCACAUACUACAUUUUUACACCAGAGCUAAAGCCUAUGGGAAACUAGCGGCCUUCUACGCUGAAUGCGCCAAAGUCGAAGUUGAUGAGUAUGAAAACUUUGAUAAGGCUUUGGAUGCGCUCAAGGAAGCUAUUAAAUGUUUGGCUAAAACUUCCGAUACUGAUACAGGGGCUCAAACAACAGCGCUACAAGAGCAAAGUGCAAUAGUCAAACGGUUCAUGGAUGUCAAGAAAAUGUUGGAAACAGGAGAAAUUAAUCCAGGGGUUGUCGCUGGUCAACAACUUCUACGCGCUGUGACCGGUCGUCCAGGGUUGAUAUCAGAAGAGAAAGUUCUGCGAUUACUCUUACAAUAUGCACCUAACCACGCCGAUGCCCCUCGUUUUGAAAACCAACUUAAAGCUCUACAGCAGCAACCAGAAGAACAUAGUUUGAGUCCAGAUUCGACAGAUCACAGUAUUGAAGAAGUUGUUUAAAAUUAUAAUGUUUUAAGUUAAUUUAGAAAUCCGUCCAUUCCAUGACAUUAAUCCGUCCG